AUGAACAAGUUUAACGCAUCCCAAAACUUUCCUGGUUGGUUCAUAUUGCUGGAGGAAGACUACAUCGUUCUACCUGAUAUGUUGCAUGUACUCAGUCUCACUGAGCAGCAUAUCGCAUCUUUUGAUAUUGUUGCCUUGGGGUCCUACGAAAAGUCUCAAAGUUACAAUUCGCCGGAUUACGUAUACACGUCCACUUGGGCCUCUCCAAAGCACAAUAUAGGAAUGGCAUUUAAACGAGAUCUCUAUGACAGAGUGAAGAGCUGUUUCAAAACAUUUUGCCUCUACGAUGACUACAAUUGGGAUUGGAGUUUCUCCUUCAUUGAUCGCACUUGCUUGAAACCUAGAUUGCGUGUACUAUACUUCAAAAACUGUGGUCGUGUUUUUCAUACGGGUUCUUGCGGUCUGCACUCGAGAGGUAGCAAUUGCGAUGAUGUAGAAGCCUCCAUCAAAAAGGUUAUGGACCAGACAUCCAGUCGUCUGAGUCAGAACCUUUUCCCCAAAUCCCUCUCGGUAUCACCUUUCGUGGUUCAAAUCAUUCCCAACCCUAAUGGUGGAUGGGGUGAUCCCCGUGAUCUGGGCCUAUGUUUAGCCAUCCUGAGUAAUCGUUGGAAACCACUGGACGAACUUUUGCCAUCUGAAACCGUCAAAUCGAGGAGAUUAGACAUCUUCGAACCGCUCAUUCCUGGUAUCUCGGACAGUGAAAGCUCAGUUCUUUAG